UAUUGGAAAUUACAAAAAUAUCCUUCAAUAGUACUAAUAUUUCCUAUUCAGUCUCAUUUCCUCUUCCCGUUUCUCUUUCAUCUGAGAACAAGUGAGAAACGCGAUCCUUUUCUUCUCCCAACCAAAGCAAAUCGAUCCACCACCGCCGGUGAGCCGCGACCACUCUUCUCCUUCUCCAUCCAUCACUGCCGCCGCGAUUACUCUCCUCCUUCAGUUUAGAGAGUUAUCUCCAUCUCUCUCCACAAACCCUAAUUGUUGUAACUUGUAAGUAUUAUUGAUGUAGGACUAAACUUUUUACAUCUUAAACUGCUCCAAAUUGAAAGCUAAUGGAGUGGAAUGGAUGAUGACUCAAGAAGAUAUGCAGUUAAAAUGCCGUAUAUUUGAUGGUUGUUUGAAAUUGUGAAUAUUUUUAUGUAAUGUUAGAUAAAUUGGAGCAAGAAGAUAGCUAUGUGGUUGUAGCUUAAUGUUGGAGAAGAGAAGAAGAGUUAUUUAUGAUAAAAUGAAACCUUAGAAAAGAACUUUGAGUUUGACAACUAGCUAGAGCAAGAGCCAUAGGAGAGAUCAUGGUUUAGUAUUCGGAGCUGUCUGUGCCUUACUGCCAGUUUAUUUUCUGCUGUUUUCAGUUUUUUACUGGUUUUUUGGUGCUACUGGUGUAGCAGAUCAGCGCUGCUUGCAGCUGUUUUUCUGUCUUUGGUGGUUGCUUUUCAAUGAUGCUUGGCUAGUUCAGGAGUGAGGAAGGGGCUAAAAUUCGCAAAUGGGUGAUCGCCAAGUAGCUGACAACCAGCAUACCGUUGAUCAACAGCUGCCAUCUUCUCCUCCUCUUCCUCCUCCCUCAAAAGAUGAUAUGAUUUCAUGUGUUAUGGCUUUGGAGGCUGCUUUGCUUCCCUGUUUGCCAGCCAGAGAACUUCAAGCAAUAGACCGUUCUCCCCACCCUUCCCAUCAAAUCGAUGUGGAUCGCCAUGCUAGAGAUUUUAUGGAGGCUGCCAAGAAACUUCAACUUUAUUUCAUUAGUCUGCAACGUGAGGAUAAGCCAACAAAAGCUGAAAUGCUUAGAAAGGAGAUUACUCUUAUGGAAGAUGAGCUUAACGAAAAAAACGAGCUGAUUAAAAAACAAGAACAUUUGAUUCAGGAGUGGAAAAAAGAGCUGUCAGAUCAGUUGGAAAAACACAAUAUUGAGUUGAACAGGGUUUAGCUUGAGAUUUAAUUCAUAGUCUCUCUAUAAAUAUUUAAAAAUUCAAUGGCAGUUUUUUGGUCUCUAUAAAUAUUUAAAAAUUCAAUGUAGACUCCCAUUCCUUAGUAUCACUGCUGCUACUUACCACCCCACUAGUACACAGUUUGUAGAAUAUGAUGUCUUCUAUGCGGCAAGUGAUACUAAUUAGCUGAGAAAUGUGUGCUUUGAUUGAUGAAAUUACUCAGAAAUCUGUUUGCUGAAUGUUGAUGACAACAAUCGAAUCAUCCAUAAUGGAUGACGAGAAAAGCUGAACAAUGUCACUAUCCUUGUUAAAAUAACAAGUAAAAAAGCUAGAAGAAAACAGCAAAGUGUAUAUUGGAUCUCAUUGUUAGAAUAUUAUCUUCAAGUUGAGAAUACCUCGGGUUAAAGAUUGUACUAAAUGGUAGCAUUCUGUUAGGCAAACAAGCUUUCUAGCUCUUCAUUGCAACAUUGAAUUGCAUGUUCUCUGGGCAUGUACCACAUCCUAACUUUAUGCAUAAAGGGUUACUCUGGGAUGUUAAAUGUUUUUUCUAUUUCCAUUUACGGUGUAUGUACAUUGUAACAGCGUAACUAAUGUCUGCAGCUCAAAUAUUAUGGUACCUCAAUGGUAUGGCAACAAAAUUAGCUUAACAUUCA